UUUUCCGGAGCUUUUGACUUGGAAGCUGGAGACUACGUUAAUUUACAGGGCGGGUGGAGAUACAGUACCGGUAGUGGAUUUCAAGAGUUUUUUUUUUACGGUACGUGGUGGAGGUCUUGUUACGGGGUUGUUUGUCUUGGUAUUUGGGCAUGGGUUGGGGCAAGGACCUUGGAUAGCAUAUAGACUAUUGGGAGAAAAGAGAGAGAGGUGUAGGUUUGUCCCCCUUAUCCACAAGCGUGAUCGACUUGCCAGUUAUGAAAGCAGCCUAACUUUUAGGCCUCUAAUCGUCUUAUCAGCUAUACCGGUAUGGUACUGUGCUGUACUGUACCGCGGAAUCUACAGAAAACUUGUGCUGUGGGCAUGCAUUUCAAUGAUGGUGUGGACAGGGAUGGUGGGUUCGCCCUUCUCCCCUUCUCACCGUGGAUGGCAUUCAGGGCCUACACCUGAUGCCGGUGCCGUACUGUAUGAUAGAACACUACCGUAGAGGGUUGAAGAAGCCUUUUUCCGGGUGUUAUGUUUCAUGUGGAUCUGGCACGUUUGCAUGUGGAAAAUACGUUCGUCGAAUGCUACUAGAGUCCCUCAGCUCGAAAGGCUUGUAUCAACGUUCUCCAACCUCGGGGGAUAAUUUUCCUGGGCCCUUUCCCCCCACUUCCUUCCUUCCUUCCUUCCUUCCUUCCUUCCUUCUUCAUAAUUGCAUUCAAUUCCUCUCUCUCUGUUUGCAUGUCUGCCCUUCAUGAGCAUAUGCAAUCAUGGGUACAUUGAUGACAGCGGCAUUCUAACGUAGAUCCAACCACGACCUACAGGAGCAACGGAACCAAAAGCGGUACCGUUAUCAACACUCAAAGACACCUGCAGGCUGACGCUGGGAGAUUGAAUACCGGUGUUGGUAUUGGUAAUGAGGUUGAAUUUUUGUCUAAGUUAAUUCUUUCGUUCGCUCCCUGCUUGCCUGCCUUCCUUCCCCAAUUCUUCCUCUCUCUCCACCAUUCUCUCUCUCAUAGCCGGGUACGUGCAACUUGUCAUUUCCUCCCAUCGCUUUCAGCACGUUGCGUACUCAAGGCCCCAAAUGGCAACCAAUCUCGUGCGCCUACCAACCACCCGAACUACACAUACUGGUGCCAUAACUCCUUCAUCCUUCAUCACCGCGCCUACUGGCACGGAAGAGCGUGAGCGACCAUGUAGGCGUAUCAGCCUCUUCCGUGGCAUGGCCAACGACGUGCGUAGGCGGUUGCCUUAUUAUAAAUCGGAUUGGACGGAUGCAUGGGAUUAUAGGAUUGUGCCUAGUACUGGUUUGUCUUGUCUUCCGGGCAGUUGCUAUUUAGUCCGGUUGGGAGUUGCCAUGUGAAUGAGUGAGUGGAUGGCUGAUGAACGGUACGAUAGUUUAUAUGUUUUUUGCAAAGUAUAUGCUUUUUUAUUUUCCUCCGUUGGUGGGUUUGGGAAUGAGCGAGUGACCGGUUUGACUGAUUUUUUUUUGGGGGGGGUGGAAGUGUGCUUCCGGCUUUGGCGUUUUCUUUGGAUAUGUAGGUUGUCCUUCUUUUGGGGGGUUGGUUGGGAUGGAGGGAGAGAGGUGCUUAAUGGAUUGGGUGUAGGUUUGAAAAAACAAACAUGUCCUAUGGCGUCAAUGAAGUUCUGCUCGCAUCUGUGCUCGGUGCGGUAGUCUUCAGUUUCCUGGCUGCGCAGCCGUUAUGUAUUGUUGGCGUUACGGGGCCUAUAACUGUGUUCAAUUAGUAGGUUUCCCUUGCUCGCUCCCAUUUUAUCCAAGAAUUGACUGAUAGGAGAGUGUGCGAGCAUUUUGAAGUACUGUAUAUGCUAUCGUAACACCUAGGGGAAUUCGGUAUUUCCAGUUCAUGUGCUGGAUUUGUCUAUGGUCCAUGCUCAUGCAUUUUGCGCUUGCCAUAACGAAUGCUUGCAAUGCUGUUAAAUGGGUUACGAGGUUUUCCUGUGAUAUUUUUGGAUUCUAUGUCGCUUUCAUAUACUUGCAGAAGGGCAUUCAGGUCCUUGCUCUGCAGUGGCGCGCAGGAGAUGCAGCGGCACAUCUAUCAAUUUCGAUCUCGUUAUUAGUCCUAAUGUCCGGGUACGCUUGCUCCUGGCUCGGAAACAGCAACCUCUUCAGGCAACCCGUCAGAGUCUUCCUGAAGGACUAUGGAACCCCGCUUGCAAUCGUGUUCUUCACAGGUUACCAGUACUUUGGUAAAAUGAAACAUAUAGACCUUGAAAGAUUGCCAGUUUCACAGGCCUUCUUCCCCACCUCGGAACGUGGGUGGCUGGUGCAUUUCUGGGAUAUCAGUGUUGGGCAGGUGUUUUUGGCUAUCCCUUUUGCGCUGCUGUUGACGAUUUUGUGAGUGAUUGGAUGUGUAUACGGGCGUAUGAUCCCGGCUGGGCUGACCGUGAUGGUCUAUAGGUUCUAUUUCGAUCAUAACGUCUCGAGCUUGAUUUCGCAGGGCACGGAGUUUCCGUUGAAGAAGCCGGCGGGAUUUCAUUGGGAUAUUUUCUUGCUCGGGAUCACGACGGGAAUUUCGGGGAUUCUGGGGAUCCCAGCUCCUAAGUAUACUAUUCCCAAUUCCCAUAUUAGUAAGGAAAGGCGUGCUAAUAGGAGUGAAGUGGCCUUAUACCUCAAGCCCCGUUCCAUACUGCAUCUCUGUGCGUCACCCGCCGGCUGUCGGAGGAGGCGGAGGAGGACAAGGGCAAGGCGGAAGCCAUUAUUGAUCACGUUGUGGAGCAACGGGUUAGCAAUCUUGCGCAGGGGCUUUUGAUCUUGGGAGCUAUGACAGGGCCCUUGCUAGCGAUGCUUGCUCUGAUUCCACAAGGUGUAGGUUGAGCAUAACAUAUCAUAACAUAGAACACCUGCUCAUCAAUUGAUAUAGGUUCUUGCAGGACUCUUCUUCGUCAUGGGCCUUCAAGCGCUCGAAGGCAACGGAAUCACAUUGAAACUGUUAUUCUUGUUCAGGGAUAGCUCCUUGGCUUCUGGCAGGGAGCCGAUGAAGAGAUGUAGGAAGGGAGCUGUCUGGGCCUUCGUGAUACUCGAGCUUGUGGGAUUUGGAGCUACGUUUGCUAUCACGCAAACUAUUGCUGCUAUUGGGUAUGUUCACCACACAAUAACCGCUUAUAUCCAGAGCCUCAUAUUAAUUGGCGUAUCCAGUUUUCCGGUGUUCAUAUUCCUGCUAAUUCCUGCCCGCGCCCUAAUUAUGCCCAAGUAUUUCACCUCCGAAGAACUUGGGGUUCUGGAUGCACCCACAGCUUCUCCGUUUACCCUUGAGUCUGUCAGUGGCAGUUAUGGCGACGCACCCGGGCCUAGUGGUAAUAUCAUACCCACCUAGGCCAGGAGUGAUAGGCUCUCUGUUAAUGACGGGAGAGUUAUUGAGAGGGGCGAUGUGGUCAAGUUGAGUAGGAGGAGGUCAUCUGUGGUUAGACACAAUAUCAAUAAUAAUAGUAAGAAAAGGGCCGGAUAA